AUGACAUCGGCAUUAAGUUUAUACAUGGAGAACGUGAUCGAGGAGAGUGGAGGCUUUGGGAGGUUCCAGACUCUUCUCUUUCUUGUUACCAUGCCUGCCAAGUUCGGGAUGGGAUGGAGCAUGUUGAUGAUGUCCAUAGCAGGGGCCGUGCCGGAAUGGUGGUGUAUGGAUGAUGACUCGUCUGAGCCCGGAAACAGCACAGAAUCACCGGUACAGAGAUACCAGAAUGACAGCAACUUGUAUGAGUGUUCGUUUAGAGGUUCCGGAAAUUCCACAAAAGAGUGCCAGACAUUCAAGCUUAACGAUAGCCUGUACACAAUUGUCAACGAGUGGGACUUGAUAUGUGAUCGGGACGACAUCCCGUCCACGAUUACCACAAUACAGAUGUCUGGGAUACUGGUCAGUGGGCUGAUCGCUGGACAAUUCGCCGAUUACUACGGCCGCAAACCUACCUAUUUUCUGUCAAUGCUGAUUCUUCUACUGGGAAAUAUUGGAUGUGCUUUCUCUGUAGGCUGGGAAAUGUUUGCUGCUUUUCGUUUCCUGAUUGGCUUUGCUUUAGGAUGUUACAUCACUGUGUAUUAUACUUAUAUGAUAGAAUUCACUCCCACCAAGUAUCGCGCUAUUAUUGUAACGAUUCCACUCUGGCCUUUAGGCCUAUGUGUAUUGGCCUUGGUUGGUUGGUGGCUACAUGAUUGGAAGGCUCUACACAUUGCCAACGCCAUUGCCAUCGCCCCGCUGUUGUUGUUCUGGGGCCUGGUUCCGGAGAGUUUUCGAUGGCUUGUGUCACACAAUAGAUUACCAGAAGCAGAAUCAGUUAUCAAUAGGAUAGCAAGGACUAACGGCCGCCCAACACCUGACCUUUGUGGACUAGUCGAGGUCACAAGGGCAGAGGUCAAGCCGAAUCAACGACGAGUUUACAGUGUCAAGGAUCUAUUCAGUUCAUGGAUGUUGUUCAAAACCACCGUCUUGUUGGCAAUAAGCUGGUUCUGCAGCUCCUAUGUGUACUACGCCAUAUCAUUUGGCGUUCAGAAUCUCUCUGGGGACAUUUACUUUAAUUUCUUUCUCAUCCAAGUGAUAGACAUUCCGGCUAUGAUGUUAACGUAUGUCCUGGUUAACGUCGUGGGUAGAAGGCCUUUGGCCGUCGCCCUUUACGCCCUGGGAGGAUUGACAGGGCUUGCUGUAGCCGCUAUAGAAAUAUCAGAUAUCGCUGAUAAGGAAACCAUGAGGACAGUUUUCGCCUUGAUAACAAAAGUAGCUGUGGUCAUGGCUUGGUCUGGUUUACAACUAUUGACUUCAGAGUCCUACCCUACCGUUGUAAGGAACAUUGGGUACGGAUUGCAGAGUGCUGUGGCAAGAACUGGUAGCAUGUUAGCUCCUAAAAUUGUUUACCUUAAUAACGACGUGCCAGGAAUAAUGUACUUUUUAGCGGGAGGGUGCAUGUUAUUGACAGCUGUUGCUUGUGUAUUUCUAAUGGAAACGAAAGACAGAGUCCUGGUGGAUAGCCUCAAAAGUGAUACAGUGCAUAAAGAUCCAGAGAAGGAGAGACUUAUUUCAGACACAAACCCUAAAAUGGAGUAUACAGACAAUAAGACUAAUAUGAAUGUUGAUGGUGUUGAAUUUGAAAAUAAUGAUUUAACUGCCUCUAGUCAUCUCAUUAGUGUUGCAGAAAAGCAAAUGGAAGACAAUGUAUGA